UCUGUGUCCAUCUAGAUGGCAAGGAAGCUCAGUACAUUGGAAGUCCUUCUGUUCGUCUUCUUCCUAAUUGUAUUGGCUGUAGAUAUCCUCUUGCUGCUGCUUGUGUUGGAGAAACCUUCAGAUUCUUCAUUUAUUCCAGUGUGCCCAGAGAUCUCUCAGUCGGAAAGGAUAGACUGCGCACCUGGACAGGCGGUGACAGAGGAAACUUGCAGAUGGCAAUAUAAAUGCUGCUGGAAUUCUGCAGCAGAGACCAAUGUCCCUAGGUGCUUCUUCCCCAGAAACUGGGGCUAUGAAGUCAUCAGGGCCCCAACAAAUACAAGCACAGGGUUUACUGCCCAGUUGAGAAAGUUGCCGUCCCCGUCUCUGUUUGGAGAUGAUGUCACCAAUGCCAUCCUCACAGCUGAAUUUCAGACAGCCAAUCGUUUUCGUUUUAAGAUAACUGAUUUCAAUGCGAUCCGCUAUGAAGUCCCUUCUGAAAACAUCAAUUUACUUAAUGACACUGCUGAUAUCUCCAGUUUGAGCUACCAUGUAGAAGUCACUGAUAAUCCCUUUAGCAUCAGAAUAAUGAGGAAGAGCAACAAAAGAGUCCUGUUGGACACAAGCAUUGGGCCCCUCCAGUUUGCCCAGCAGUUCCUGCAGCUGUCUUUCCGACUUCCCAGCACCAAUGUGUAUGGGCUGGGGGAGCACGUGCAUCAACAGUACCGCCACGACAUGUCCUGGAAGACCUGGCCCAUCUUCACCCGGGAUGCCGCCCCCACCGCGGGCAUGAUUAACCUGUAUGGAGCACAUACAUUCUUCUUGUGCCUUGAAGACACCAGUGGUUCCUCUUUUGGAGUUUUUCUGAUGAACAGUAAUGCCAUGGAGGUCGCUCUUCAGCCUGCCCCAGCAGUCACUUACCGCACCAUUGGGGGCAUUCUUGACUUCUAUGUGUUCCUGGGAAACACUCCAGAGCAAGUGGUUCAGGAAUACCUGGAGCUUGUUGGACGACCAUUCUUGCCUUCCUACUGGAAUCUUGGGUUCCAGUUAAGUCGCAGGGAUUAUGGUGGCAUCAAUGGGUUGGAAGAGGUUGUAGACCGAACUCGUAAAGCUGGGAUCCCCUAUGAUGUCCAGUACUCUGAUAUAGACUACAUGGAUGGAAAGAAGGAUUUCACUAUUGAUGAAAAGGCUUACCCUGAUCUCUCAGGUUUUGCCAAGAGGUUACAUGACAAUGGCCAAAAAUAUAUAAUUAUUAUGAAUCCUGGUAUCCUGAAAGAUCCUAACUACAAUACAUAUAAAGAUGGAAGACUAAAGAGAGUAUGGAUCUUGGAGAACAAUGACUUUGCUGUUGGGGAGGGAUACCCUGGUCCAACUGUCUUUCCUGACUUCAGCAAUCCAGUGUGUACCCAGUGGUGGACGCAACAGGUCACUGAGUUUCACAACAAAAGUCUGAACUUUGAUGGAGUGUGGAUUGAAAUGGAUGAAGUAACUAGCUUUCUCCAAGAUUCUGGUCAUACGUGUGAAUCAAACAGCUUGAACUUCCCACCUUUUACUCCUGGUAUUCUAGACCACUUACUGUUUGCAAGAACUCUCUGCAUGGACACAGAGUUUUACUGGGGUCUUCACUAUGACGUCCACAGCUUGUAUGGCCACUCCAUGGCAAGAGCCACACACUCGGCCAUGGAGACUAUCUUCUCCAAUAAGAGGAGCUUCAUCUUAUCCCGUUCUACUUUCGCGGGAUCUGGUAAAUUUGCUGCUCAUUGGCUGGGGGACAAUGCGGCUACAUGGGAUGAUCUCCGAUGGUCCAUCCCUGGUAUCCUUGAGUUCAACCUGUUUGGCAUCCCCAUGGUAGGUGCCAACAUCUGUGGUUAUAAAGAAAACGUCACAGAGGAGCUCUGCAGAAGGUGGAUGCAACUUGGAGCAUUUUAUCCACUAUCAAGGAAUCACAAUGGGCCUGGGUUCAGGGACCAGGAUCCUGCUGCCUUCGGUUCUGCGUCCCUGCUGCUGAAUUCCUCCAGACAUUAUCUGAACAUCCGAUACACUCUGCUGCCCUAUCUCUACACCAUCUUCUACCGCGCUCACACCCAGGGGCAGACAGUAGCAAGGCCCCUGUUACAUGAAUUCUACCAGGACCCAGCCACGUGGGAAGUGCAUGAGCAGUUUUUGUGGGGGCCUGGACUCCUCAUCACACCUGUCCUGUAUGAAGGUGCAGACCAAGUAAGAGCGUACAUUCCAGAUGCCACCUGGUAUGACUACGAGGCAGGAGAUGCCAUCCAGUGGAGAAAGCAAUUUGUGGAUAUGCUACUCCCAGGGGACAGGAUUGGCCUUCACCUUCGAGGAGGCUACAUAUUUCCCAUCCAGCAGCCGAACACAACCACAGAAACCAGCCGGAAGAAUUCCCUGGGACUCAUCGUCGCCUUGGACUAUAAGAGAGAAGCCAAAGGAGAGCUGUACUGGGACGACGGUGUGACUAAAGAUGCUGUAACUAAUAAGACAUAUAUUCUGUAUGAUUUCUCUGUUACUUCUAACCGUCUACAGGCAAAGAUCAUACAUAAUGGUUAUGUGGACCCGGACAACCUCAUGUUUACAGAUAUCAGAAUCUUGGGAAUGGACAAAGAGCCGAGUAAUUUUAUUGUGUCUUUAAAUAAUGUCGCCACCUCCAUUUCAAGUGUUGUCUACAGUGCUUCAACAAAGGUGGUGACCAUCACUGAUCUCCAGGGACUGGUUCUGGGACAAGAAUUCUCUAUAGAGUGGGAUCUUGUAGUCAAUGAUCUGGAGAAGUUCAACUGCUACCCUGAGGAUCCCACUGCCUCUGAGGAGAGUUGCAGACAGCGGGGAUGCCUUUGGGAGCCCACAGCUACUCCUGGUGUGCCCACCUGUUACUAUGACACCAUCCCUAACUAUGCUGCCAGUAACAUUCAGUACCUGCCCACGGGCAUCACCACCGACCUUACCCUCCUGGCGGUCCCUGCAUCUACCCGGGCAGCGGCAGCUCCACCAUCACCAGGAGCAGCCACUGUCUCUAAUCGUCUCUCUGAAAAGAUCAGCCUCCUCAGACUGAGUGUGACCUACCAUACAGAGAGCAUGCUGCAGAUAAAGAUCUAUGAUCCCACUAAUAAAAGGUACGAGGUCCCGGUACCUCUGAACACACCACGUUCACCGCUUGUCUCCCCUGAAAACUGCCUGUAUGAAGUCAGGGUUCAGAACAAUCCCCCUGGAAUCCAGAUUCGACGCAGAAGUUCCCAAACUGUGAUUUGGGAUUCUCAACUCCCGGGCUUCACCUUCAACGACAUGUUCCUUUCCAUUUCUACUCGCCUCCCUUCUCAGUACAUCUAUGGUUUUGGGGAAACUGAGCACAUGACUUUCAGAAGAAACAUGAACUGGACAACCUGGGGAAUGUUUGCUCGGGAUGAGCCACCAGCGUACAAGAAAAAUUCCUAUGGUGUUCAUCCCUACUACAUGGCCUUGGAAGAAGAUGGGAAUGCCCAUGGAGUGCUCCUGCUGAACAGCAAUGCCAUGGAUAUGACUCUGCAGCCCACUCCUGCCCUGACAUACCGCACUGUAGGAGGGAUUUUGGACUUUUAUUUGGUUUUGGGGCCAACCCCCGAACUGGUAACUCAGCAAUACACUGAGUUGAUUGGUCGGCCAGCAAUGACUCCAUAUUGGGCUCUGGGAUUCCAGCUGAGUCGCUAUGGAUACCAGAAUGACUCUGAAAUCGCCAGUCUGCAUGAUGCAAUGGUGGCAGCCCAGAUCCCCUAUGACGUCCAGCAUGUGGACAUCGAUUACAUGGACCGGAAGCUGGACUUCACCCUCAGCCCCAGCUUUCAAAACCUCGGUGUCCUGAUAGAGCAAAUGAAGAAGAAUGGCACCAGAUUUAUUCUCAUUCUGGACCCAGCCAUUUCUGGCAAUGAGACACAGUAUCUCACCUUCACCAGAGGACAGGAAGACAACGUGUUCAUCAAAUGGCCCGACACCAAUGACAUUGUCUGGGGAAAGGUUUGGCCAGAGCUGCCCAAUGUAAAUGUGGAUGAAUCCCUUGACCAGGAAACUCAGGUCAAGAUGUACAGGGCCCACGUUGCGUUCCCUGACUUCUUUCGAAACAGCACAGCUGCAUGGUGGAAGAAAGAGAUAAACGAGCUCUAUGCCAACCCCAGAGAGCCAGGGAAGAGCUUGAAGUUUGAUGGGCUGUCGAUCGAUAUGAAUGAGCCUUCAAACUUUGUGGAUGGAUCUGUUGGGGGCUGCCGCAGUGAAGUUCUUAAUAACCCACCCUAUAUGCCAGACUUGGAAUCUAGGGACAAAGGCCUGAGCAGUAAGACCCUGUGCAUGGAGAGUGAGCAGAUCCUGCCAGAUGGCUCCCGGGUGCGACACUAUGACGUACACAGCCUGUACGGGUGGUCCCAGACCAGACCCACAUAUGAAGCUGUGCAGGAGGUGACUGGACAGCGAGGGACUGUCAUCACCCGCUCCACAUUCCCCUCCUCUGGCCGCUGGGGAGGACACUGGCUGGGAGACAACACUGCUGCGUGGGACCAGCUGGGGAAAUCUAUCAUUGGCAUGAUGGAGUUCAGUCUCUUUGGAAUAUCUUAUACAGGAGCAGAUAUCUGUGGUUUCUCUGGAGAUGCUGAAUAUGAGAUGUGUAUUCGCUGGAUGCAGCUGGGAGCCUUCUAUCCCUUCUCCAGGAACCACAACACCAAAGGGACAAGGAGACAAGAUCCUGUGGCCUGGAAUUCAACCUUUGCGAACUUCUCAAGGAAAGCCCUGCAGCUCAGAUAUACCCUGCUGCCCUACCUCUACACUCUGAUGCAUAAUGCUCACGCAGAGGGCAGAACCGUCAUCCGACCCCUUUUCCAUGAGUUUACAGAUGACAAGACAACGUGGGAUAUAGACCGUCAGUUUAUGUUGGGACCUGCCAUCUUGAUCAGCCCUGUGCUGGAAAGUAACACAUUUGAGAUCAGUGCUUAUUUUCCCAGAGCCCAGUGGUAUGACUAUAGCACGGAAUCUGCCUACAGAUCCACAGGUGAGUUGGUAAUACUGAAGGCUCCCCUAGACCACAUCAACCUUCAUGUCAGAGGAGGCUACAUCCUGCCUUGGCAAGAGCCUUCCAUUAACACUUACUACAGUCGACAAUGUUUUAUGGGGUUAACUGUUGCUUUGGAUGAUGAUGGGAAGGCUGAAGGUCAGCUGUUCUGGGAUGAUGGACAAAGCAUUGACACCUAUGAAAAUGGAAACUAUUUCUUGGCAAACUUUAUUGCAGCUCAGAACACCUUGAAAAUUCAGGUCAUACACAAUAAGUAUUUGAGCGACUCAAAUUCAUUGAAAGUUGGUUAUAUUAAAAUCUGGGGAGUGAACUCUACUUAUGUGACACAAGUCGGUUUCACAUAUGACAACUGGGAAUUCAUGACGACCAAUUUCAAGAGUGACCCUUAUACUAAGACACUGACUAUUCAGUUGACUGACAAGAGUGUUAGUCUGGAAAAAUUAACUGAGGUAUUCUGGAUUCAUGGGGAUCCUUCCUUUACGACUCCACCUGUGACAAGUGCCUUCCCCAUGAGUCCUGAGCCUUCUACAUCUUCUACAACAGCUGCUGCUACUGAGAUUCUCACUAGCUCUGCUAGUACAAGUCCUGCUGCUGGCACUAGUGAACCCUCUGCCAUAACCACUCCUCCAACCAGCUCUACAGCAGUCACAACUAGUGCAGCUGGUCCUGACACUACGCCUUACUCCGUGGCCACUGGUGCUAGCACAAGUGCCACUGUACCUGUCCUCACCACAACGCUCACAACAAGCAGUACCAAUGUCACCACUGCCACGAAUGCUUCCUUCACCACCAGUAUUGCCACUGUUACCAGUGCCACUGUCCCUUUCCCAACUACUCCUUUUACCACAGACACUACUAAAGUCACCACUGCCACAAAUGCUCCUUUUACCACCAGUACUGCCACUGACACCAGUGCCACUGUCCCUGUCCCAACCACUCCUUUCACCAUAGGUACUACUAAUGUCAUCACUGCCACCAGUGCUCCUAUCACCACCAGUAGUGCCACUGACACUAAUCCCACUACCCCUGUCCCAACCACUCCUUUCACCACAGGCACUACUAAUGUCACCACUGCCACCAGUGCUCCUUUUACCACCAGUUUUGUCACUGACACCAGUGCCCCUGUCCCUGUCCCCACCACUCCUUUUACCAUGGGCACUACCAAUGUCACCACUGCCACCAAUGCUUCCUUUACCAGUAAUGUGGGCAGGAGCACUGUGGUUCCUCCUGGCACCACCCCUUCCCCUCCUGGCGCCACCCCUUCCCCUGCAACCCCUCCCACAUCCAAUGCUGGUGCUAGUGCUUCUCUGGUGACCACCUCCUCUCGUGCCAAUAAGGAUGACACCAGUCCUCACGAUGGGCUUCCAGUUGCGUCCACUCCUCUCACACACACUGGUGCUGACUCCAUGAGCAAUAGCUUUCCUCUUUUGACUCCUUCUUUCUCUGAAAAUAGUACUGAUGCUUUGAACACCACUGUUGUACGGGAACUACACCCCACAUCCUUUUCCCGCUACAGUGCCUGGGGUUUCAACAGGGGUAAGACUCUUCCUGAAGUGAGUACUCUUUCUACAAAUACUGUUGCUUCUAGUCAUCUUCUUUCUGUUUCGACCUUCUCCCCAGAAGGAACAAUUGCCACCUCUCUUAAUCCCACUGAUACUGCAGUGCCACCAUCUUCAGACCUAGGCCCAGGAACCUCCCCUGUCACAACAAACUUAGAAAAAAGCCCCGCUACAGAGGGUACAACCUCUGGCACCACAGAUACCACUUUUGAUGUAGCAACUGCUACUGACACACAUCCAUCUAGUACCCAAGACUCGAGUUCCUUCGCAUCUACUCCUGCAAAGGUUACAGCUGCCUCCUCUGAAAUCACAGAGUUCACUGCUCCCAGCUCUGCUGUUACUGUGACACCAGUCUUAAGUCACACAACAUUAAUCCCCACUCAUGUUCCUAAUCAGGGCACCAUUGAAACUUCUCCCACAAGCACUACAGCCACGACUAUGGUUUCACUUACUACAAAUGCUACACAUCUCACCAUUGCAGGAAACACAAAUGCAGCCAGAGGAGUCGCCAUGGUUACUAUGUCUGCCAAUGAUACUUCUGUAAAAACUACAGACCAAGGCAUGUCAGCUCUGCCUCCUAUAGGUGACCCUGGUGCCACCAGAGAUGAUGAAUCUCUGAUAGAACAUACCAGAAAAGUCACUGCUACUUAUCCUCAAAAUAGCCCCACUCGUGCUUUAAAUACCACUUCCACAGGCACUGGGGAUACCCGACACCAACCACCACCAAUGCUCACAAUGCUGUGUAGCACCAGGCACCACAGGUACUGUAGAUACUCCCACCAGAGGUGCCCCAACUACUCAACUACUCUUAACCUUGGCACCACAAGUGUUUCUACUGAAUACUUUCUCUACUACCCCACAUGGUACUCAAGAAUCUGCCACUUCUCAUACACAAACACUGAAGACAGCACAUGUGCUGCUAAAGCUACUGGAAAUGCCAUUACAGUAUGUAGUUCUACCAUGGCUACACAUAUUUUCAACACAAAAACCACAAAUUCAAUUACUACUUAUACAGUCCUUUCAAAUUCUUACAUCCCAAGUGCCACAGAUAUCCUGUAUAUUUCAAUAUAUACUUUGGAUACUUCCACUCCUCAUAGAAUAACAUAGGAUGCUUCUGUUAUUGCAUCUACAGAAAUCACAAGUGCCAUAAAUGCUGCUCUAGCUCCAUGAAUGCUGUUGAAGCCGGGUCAUUACUACAGAUAACCCUUUGAAACAACUAUUGCAUAUGUAGACAAUCAGUGGAUACCCAAUCUUAUGCUUUCUGUUUUCACCAUUAUUUUUACUCUAACCAGAGCAGAUAUGGGUAUUCCAACACUGUCAACAUUGCAGGCAGGUUUAAGAAUGCAUCCAUUACAAAGUUUUCACCAAAGAAGCCAAAUGGUGUACCAUGAUUCUUUUAAUCAUAGUUAUUAUUUCCAUAGCCCUAUUAAUUAAACUUUAAAUAUUUAUAUCCUUGCUACAGACUUCACACACAAUCUUGGUGUUUUCAGAUAAUAUAUUUAUAGACAUUAGGUGCUAUGAAUACUAGUACCCAAAACUCGAGUUCUUGUAGAUGUAGUUAUUGAAAUAGCUCAAAUUGUUUCUUGGGUAACAGGACAUGAUACAACAGUAUCACUAAAUGCAGUAGUGAUACACAUGACACUCAAUUGACCUUUCCAAAAACAGUUAUUAAUAUUGCAAAUUAUUUGAUUAAUGAUGCAAAAAUAGCACUUUAUUUUCCUGAGGACUUUUCUAAGUACCAGGGCUACCAAUAUAGAAAUUUGCUAUCACACAUGCCAAAAGUCAUAUUGCUUUUCAUAAAAUUCUCAUUGUUGCUGUAUAUAUGGAAAAUGCUAUCAUUGUAGAUAUUGUAUAUGCCUUGACUUCAGGCACUGAAGUCAUUAAAUUAUGAAUAUUAAA